AUAACCAGUUGGCAUUGUCCUGUAUGGACCCUAACCCUGAGUGGGCGAAGGCAGAUCCCAGUCGACAACCAAAUCUGCGAGUCACCUGCCUGUAUCAUCAACCGAAAUUCUGAAGGCUCAUUGAGAUUAAGGUCCGGCCCAACGUCAACAUGCAAUCUGAAGAAGCUUAAAUAACAGUGUGGAACGAAUUCUGGAAAAUAUUGGAGUCUGUGGCUUUAUCCAGCAUCUUCAUGGUGGGGGGGAGGGCCAUAGAGUCAUAGAGAUUUGCAGCACAGGAAAAGGCCCUUCAGCCCAUUGCAUUCACCCUCAUCAAAAACAACCACCUCACGAAAAGAAAAUCAUCCAUUCGUUGUGGUUUCAAUUAGAGGCUUCUGUUCUUUUCAGCUCAUUUCAUCAUGGCCAUAAAUGGAAGCUUGGGUAAUGAUACCCUGGAAAUGCUAUCAAGUCAUAUAAUUCAGAGCACCCUUCCAAUCUUUUACCUCAUUGUUGCAAUCAUCAGCCUACCUGGGAAUGGGUUCUCAUUAUUUCUCUUGUGCCGAGCACAACCUAAGACACCAUCCAUCAUCUUCAUGAUCAACCUUACCCUCACCGAUCUUUUCCUUGCCAUAUUUCUGCCCUUUCAGAGCGCGUACCACUGGAAAGGUAACAAUUGGACCUUUGGAACUAACCUGUGCAAUGUGGUUACUGUGCUAUUCUACGCGAACAUGUACUGUUCCAUCUUAACGAUGACAUGUAUUAGCUUGGACCGCUACGUAGGAGUAGUGCUCCCAAUGCACUGUGUUAGAUGGCGGACAAAGAAGCAUGCGAUUGCAAUUUGCCUAGGAAUGUGGGCGGUCAUGUUGGUCGUCUUGCUGCCACUGGAGAUAAAGGAUUUGACGUAUGAAGUUCAUGAGCUCAAUAUUACCACAUGCUUCGACAUCCUGAAGAUGGACAUGCUACCUUCCAAAGAAGCUUGGGCUGCUUUUCUGUUCACUUUAUUUGUCAUCCUGUUCUUAAUUCCUUUUAGUGUCACUGUGUACUGUUACAUUCGGAUCAUUGCCAAGCUGAUCAACACCUCUUCAAGUUAUGUCAGUGCACAGAAGAAGAGAGCUAUUGGCUUAGCUUUAGUUGUGCUCCUGGUGUUUGUAACAUGUUUUGCACCCAACAACUUUAUCCUUCUCAUUCAUAUCAUCAAACGGAUCUUUUUCAACAAAGGGGUUUACACUGCCUAUAAAGUCACACUCACCCUGAGCUGCUUAAAUAGCUGCCUUGACCCUUUCAUUUAUUAUUUUGCCUCCAAGGAGUUUCGUAAGAAGCUCAGAACAUACUUGGGAAUGGCAAUUAUUUCAAGUCAAGGGAGCCUAACUGAAUACAGAAGGGAGAGUAUGUUCUCAAUGAGAUCGGGCUUGCAAAAUCACCAAGCUUUAGAAAUGCAGUUCUCUCUGAAUUCAACAAAUGAUUCAGUAUAGACUGAAAUUGGCAGAAGAGUGUGCAACAUAGUAUACUGAAGGCAAACCUUUAACUGAUUGGAAGAUUUACUGAUUGUUCUGUGGCAGAGUUAAGAUAUUAAGAGCGAAACCAGUGUUGAGAUCAUACAUUUCUGGAAGUAGAUGUAAAAAUUCCAAAUGCACAUUUUUGAGAAAAGUUCUCAGAUUUGGCGCCUAUUUAAAAAUGGUCACAUUAAUUGGGUGGUUUCCUCAGUUCAUAAUUAAGACUUCCAGCCAGUAGCUGAUGAGGCUCCUCAUCUGUUUUGGGGAUCGAGAAGGUGGAGGUUCAAAAAUUAUUUGCAAUGUGCCCUAUAGGCAAGAACAUGACCAAUCGUUGAAAGUCAUUAAAAAUGAUAAAUAAUGAUCCACAGUUGACAUUGAGCUCUCAGUUGGAAGAUGAAUGUAGCAAAGGGAAAAUGGGCAGGCCUAAGUCCCAUUGAUAAAGCAAGAGGGGAGAAUGGUGGGAUUUGCUUUUAAUUCUUAGCUCUUAAUAAUCUGCCAAUGUUUCUGAUCAAGGCUCAUUGACCAUUAAGUCAACUCCCACCCCCUUCUCUCUGUAGCUGCUUGCUUGAUCUGCUGAAUAGUUUAUAACACUUUCUGUUUUUAUUGUAGAAUUCUAUCAAAUAUUUUGCUUUUGGUCAUCUUCCAACCCUUUGCUUACUGAUUCCUGAGAAUAAUGUUAAACUAAGAUGUUGCUCAGUCCAGUAAAUCUUCCAUUAAAAACUAUUAAAGCUUAUUAUGGGGAUUCCAUUGCUGGUUGUAAUCCCUGAUUUGAAAUCCAUUACAUUUGCACAAAGCAUAAGUUAGAGCGAGUAAUAAAUGAUUAAUAAAUUGUGGUGUUGUUUUAUAUUCAGAAGGCCCCUCAUUUCGUUCACAGGACAAUAUUACAGUGGGAAUGUUUGCUGUUGUGUGCAUGUAUAUGAUGUGUAUUGUAGUCACUCAAAGUCAAUGAAAACUUAUUGAAAGAAGUUAGCAAUGAACAGAUUUCAAAUGAAACAAGAAUUUAUUUCAUAUAAGAGCUACAGAGGCCAGAGAGAAGUAUCAUCAGAUGUUAGGUCUGGCCGCUUCAUGAAAUGGAAAUAAAUUAGCCUAUUCAUUCUGAAUUUAUGAGGGUCAUUGUCAAGGUUCUUCAUUCUGGGAUUAGGGAGGGAAAAUCCAGCUGCUUACUGAUGCCAGCUGGAGAAUGCAAAAAUGAAUGAAUUAGCUUUACGGUCACAAGUAACCAACAAUUCCUUAAUCGUCAUGAAAAUGUUGCAACACUCCCUCACGGAAUUGACACCAAGCCACUUAAGGAGGCAAAAGGACAGAGGACCAAAUCUUGAUCAGAGAAAUAUGUCUAAAGGUGUGCCUUAGAGCAGGAGAGACAUGUAGGCAAGAGGACAGGUUUAGGGAAGGCUUUCCAGAUCCUGGGGGCUGGAAAAGCCUUCCAAAAUGGAAUGAGUAAAAUUGGGGAUGCACCAGAGGCCAGGCUUGGCAGGGUGCACAGGUCUUGUUGGGUUGUAGGGCUGGAUGAAGUCAGCAAUGCUUAGUGCCAAAGGCAUCAAGAGAUUUGAAAACAAGGAUGCAUUUUUUGAGAUUGAUGGUGUUGUGGACUGUAAGCCAUUAUAGGUCAGUCAGAAUAAGGCUGAAAAGGACGGUGCAAAUUAGGAUCAGUCAAAUUAGGAUUGUCUGCACUCCCCAUGCAAGCUUCCAUAUGGAGCCUGAAAAUUAUAUUCAGUAAAAAAUCAGGGUAGGAGUUUAAAAAACAUCAAAUCUAUUAAAAAAAAUCAAGUAACAUCUCUCUUUAUCUUCUACACUUCCUUUAUUUUUUCAUUUUGCCCAGUGGUAAAACAAAUUUUCGAUCAUUUGAUCAAGAUAGAUUUUGAUGUAUUGGAAUCAAUCCAAACCUUACAGUAAAAUGAGAUAGUCACAAAAUUUUUAUGGUGCAGACAGAAGCCAUUUGGCCCAUUUGUUUGUGCCAACUCAAUAUGUACGGCCAAUCUCCUGCCUCAGUUGAACCUGCCUCCACCACACUUGCAGGCAGUGCAUUCCAUUUCAUAGGGUUUGCCUGUUUCUGAGUGGCACAUUUAAGCUCCAGACAGUAUACGCAGGUACUUCAUUAUGAUGAGGGUAAAGUUUGCCCUCAUUCGUUCUGGCGUUCCUUAACAGAACGCGACACAGAUCCACCAAGAAAGCAGUUCGUGACAAUUAAAGCCAACGACAAAAAUCUGGCUUCCUAAUUUGAAUAGUGUCAGCAAUGCUUCAAUUAUUAAAGCUGUUUCUAUCAUAGUUUCUGGGCCUUAACGACCAUCUGCAUUAAACCAUCCCCUCAUCUAUUCUUGCAAUGUACCACACGCUGGUUUAUGUAUUAUUCUAUGCAUAUGCAUGAUAUCAUAUGCAUUAUCAAGCAUGCACACAGAUAAAUGUGUGUGUUAUCCAGUGCAUAGAACCGUAUAUCUCCUGUGUGAUGCACUUGUACAUUUAACCAUUCUAUGCUUCUCCUCUUGUCAAUUUUGAUUAACUGGGAAAUGAGAAUAAAAAAAGUGACUGAAAAUAAUAAAGAUGAAGGAAUUGUUAAUAACACCACAAUCCAUAGAUGGCCACAUAUUCAAGCUUGAAGCUUCUGUGCCAGAAGGCAGGGAGUGAACUGAAUUAGAUUUGAUGAUGGUAGAUCAUAAGUAGUUACCGACAACUAGAGGUCCUUGUCCAGCCUAAGCUGCACUUAUUCCAGCUUUGGGCAAAUGUGAGAAAGAGUGGCCCUACCUGAAUGGUUAUCCAGUGCGUGUGGGUUGAUAUUUUA